AUGAGGAUAAUCGACCCCCAAAGCGCCGUCCUCACCAACAUCGAGGUUCUCGCCUAUAUAACCGCCAACCCACCCCGACGACCCCCGAACCCUCCCCCGAACUCCCGCAACUGGGUCCCUAGUCCUGAUCUCCGCGACCACAAUACAGUCGUUCGAGAAAUCCACAACUACAUCCACCGUCUCUCCCCGCACCUCCUCAAAUACCCAGCCUAUAUACAUGGCGAACCGCCACAGUCGCAGCAGCAGCCAUCGUCGGGUGAAUCCCCGACGGUACCGCCCGUGCAACCGAGUACGCCCACCCCCAUGGAUCUCGCGCUCCGCGAGCUGGUUACGCGGCUGAAGCCAUUUGGGCUGACGAAGGGGGAGGUGAUUAUGAUUGUGAAUCUGGGGGUGGGGCUGGAUACAUCCUCCGCGGGGGCGCGGGCUGAUGGGGAGGAAGGCGAGGGCGGAGAGCAAGAUGGGAUGGAGGUUGAUGAGGUGGAAGGAGGGAAUGAGGGUGGGGAGGAGGCAGGUAUGGAAUCAGGGGGCGGGGGGUUGAGUGAGGAGGAUUACGGUGCGCUUGCACUGCUGGAUACGGUGAUUGAGGAACGGGAAGAGAGGUUAUCGGAGGACGAUGUGGCGCAGAUAUUGGCUAUUAUCCGGGAGACGUUAGGGCCAGGGUCGAAGGGGAUAAUGGGGAGUGUUGGGUAG